UGAUUUUUUCCAGUAUGUACGGUGCAUCGGGCGCAGCGCCGCGGGAGGCGCGGGGGCGUGCGCGCGAGCGCCCUGACGUGCUCCCUGCGCCCGCGCCGCUGGGCGAGCCGCCGCCGCCGACGCUGCCCCGCCCGGGCAAGGACAGUGUCGCGCGGCUCACGCUCACCGGACUGUCUUAUGUUGUUACCGCGGUGACGCGACGCUCACGGCAGUCGACGUCAGCGCAAUGGUCGCGCUCGUUUCGCGCGAGCGCGGCGUCUCCUCAAGACGACGUUGACGUGGAUGACGUGUUCUUCACGCCGCCGACGUCGACGACGCCGCUCCAGCACCACGAGGAGGAGAAUGUUGAAAGUAAAGGAGCCCGAUCUCCUCUAGGGUCGGGAGGGGUGGAGUACAGAAGGCCGGAGAGGAGUGUGUCAUGGGGUGCGGGUGGAGUCAGGAUACACAGUCCCAUGCUUGAACCUUUGGCUGAUAAUUCCAAUCGCAGGCAGUUCGGGAUGGGAGUGGUCGGCAGAUUUUUCCG